GAACCUGACAAACCGGUUUCCUUGUGGGAGAAGCUCGAGCAGGCAGGACAUGGGUGGAGUGGAGAUAAAGGGUGGGUGGACAUUUGGAGGAAACGCGCCAUCUUGGGUAGAUCUGCACAUUUCAGGGUCGGGGGGAGAAUUGGUAAAGAAGUCUGAUGUGUUGUUUGUCUUAAGGUGCAAGAUCUGAAUAAUAAAUGAUCCCUGAAUUGUUGUAAGUGUGCAAAGACAUGCAGAAUGUCAACAUGUUGUGUAAUGACUGUUGUUCCGUGUGAUACCAUAUUGGAAGAAUUUGCUACUUUUAGGGGCUUGGUGUUUUGCCAAUCUCACCUCCUGCAUGUUUGUACAGGGUAGAUGUGGUCAAACGUUUCAAUCAGAGCAAUGGGUGUUCGAAACAACAACGGUGUAUUGAGUGACAUCGGAUCAAAUUUGCUUUCAAAAGUACACACUUUAUUUGUAGACUCUUACAGUCACUAUUCAAUCAUUUUAGUGCUACGUAGUAUAGGAUAACAUAACAUAAGACAUAAUACAAUCGUAGAAAAAUGUAACUAAUGCGAACGGAUCGACGUUACUGGAGUGACUCGUCCGAGGGAGAGAACUUGACAUGUUCGCUCUCGUUAAGCAAACAUUAAAGCGACACGCCCCCUCCGGACUCGUGCACCUGACCCAGGAUCAGCCCGCACGCCCCUCGUCGGCUCUGCCUCAGCCGCUCAUGCAACAGCUGAAACUGACCUGGGAUCGGGGGACGACGCUCUCGAACUUCCCUUUGCUCCAACGCCUUCCAACCUGUGGAGAAGGGAGUUGACCGACUGAGCGGACAAGAAGCCACGGCGCUUAAAUCGCAUGAUAUUCCAUCGUCAAACUGUUUCCGUUUUUUCCGAGUCCAGCGCUAAGCGUCAAGGGUAAAACCUCAACAAGCGUGAAGAUGUCAAAGAUCUGUGCUUUGAUGUUCAUGACAAGUAUCUCCCUGGUGUUUGCUGAAGAACAGAAGUCUGAAGAUGACCCAUUUACCUUUGACUACCACAGACUGCGUGUUGGGGGUCUGAUUCUUGCAGCUGUCCUUUGUCUCAUUGGCAUUACCAUCCUGUUCAGUGGCCACUGCAGGUGCAAGUUCAAGCAGGACAAAAGGAGGAGGGCAGGAAGCAACACUCAGGCAAUGCUCACUGACCAAGGUCGUGCCUGUGAUUGCUAGAAGUUGACAAGAAACUUCCCCAAGUCAGAUAUUGCAGAAGCGGCAACGUUUGAGGCCCAAGUACCUCUACUUGGAGAUUUUCAUUGUUUAGGAAACCAACAGAAAAUUGUAAGGUGUGGGCUUCUUGUGACUCAUUUUUGACUGACAACUGAUCUUUCAUGCACUCACAAACACACACUUGCAUUUGAAAACUCUUGUACACACACACACACACACUUCAUAACGCUUUCAUAUCAUUCAAUUGAACUUUUUUACAUUGUCAUAAUUAUCCAUGAGUUUGCAUUCAAAGCUUGAAUUGAUUAAAGUGAAAGUGACCUGUUACACAAACCAAGUACCAAAACAGUUCCAUAUAUACGUUGUGCCACUGUAUCCCAAUACUCUGUAUUGUGUGUGCGUAAAUAAAAUGUAAAGCUAGACAUUAGUUACUGCAGGCAGCCUAACGCAUGUUACAUGUAUCCAUGUCAAAUACAUCAAAUACACAUAGUAAUAAUCAUCCAUGAGUUACGAUAUGUUAAGUGUUGUGUUAAUAAUUGAUGAUAAUCUUUUAAUGUUCCUAUUUAGCUUCUUUGAGCAAUGCGGUGGAUGUCACCAUUCAGAAGCAGUCUCUGCCAUCUUUCAAUUAAAGAAUUGCUGAAAUGAUAACUAUGAGAA